UGAAAAUUUAGAUCGAUUUCAAGCAUGAACAGAUCGACAGAGAGAGCUUUUCCACGGCCUUUCCUAAGCUUGCAAAGCCAAGGUAGGCAAGGGAGUGGAUCUAGGAAACUUCCGAAUCAAGAUAUUGAUACCAUGAGUCGUAUUAUUUCCCAUAAUUUGAAGUAGCAAGGGAAAACUGUAUAAACUUCCUAGACCUAGUGUAGGCGUCGUUGAGUCAAGUGCUAGAGUCAAGCAAUGGAAUACCUCUCAAGGGCUUUCUAGAAGAGUUAUUAAGAGGAGAAGUCCGAAUUUCAACAACAGCAAAGGUUUUAGUAGAAUUUGUUGCAAUCAGCGUCUAUCUGAGGAGAACAAAGCCAGCCUUAGCAGAACAAUCAAUCAACUUCCUUUGGAAACAGGCAGAAAUGGAGGGAUAAAGAUGGAGAAAGGAGAUUUUUUCAGCAAUAAACGCUCGGGCCCCAAUUUACACAACUUGAGGUACUUUAGCAAUAUGCUUGAUCAUUCAAGAUCUCCAGAGUCAUCUCGCCCAAUCCAGAAAAGAUUAGCUGAAUUUUACAUCAAGAGACACUUGAGGCAGAAGAAGGCUAUCUCUCAUUCCAGAAUCAGCCGGAGUAUCGAGACAGCAAGGAAAAUGGUCAUCUCCCACUUUAAGGAAAAAUAUAAUAUCAAAGCAAAUCAAAAAGAACGAAGAAGGUUUAAAAAUAUGGAGAUUUCUAUGAAGAAUAGGGUAUUCUUGAAGGAAAAUCUUCGCCGAGCUGACACACUGACUCCCGAAGGAAAGAGGCUCGUCCUUCAUAACUAUGCUAAUCUCAGCAGAGGGCUUUGGAAGAGGUAUGUGCAAAGUUCAUUCCACACUAACGCUAUUGUAAUCCAAAAAUAAUGUCAGAGGAUUUCUCCAGAGGCUGAAGUUUAAACAUCUGCUCUACAUCCGUGAGGCUUCAGCAAGAAUGAUCCAGAAAUAAAUGGAAAGACUCUAGGUGGAAGAGACUUGUCCCUAAAAUGAUGCUGAACCACAAGAACAAAGCGGCUACUAAGAUACAGAAGGUAGUCAAGGGAUAUUUCCUUCGCAAGAAGAUAUACAAGCAGAUCUUCCUGCAAAAGCAGGAAGAACUUGCUAUCUGCCAUGCUCAGCUUAAGCAGAAGGAAAUGGCCUUCCUUGCUGAAGAGGACAAACAGAAGGAGCUAAUACAGAUCUCAGUUGAAGAAGAAACUAAGGUUGAACAAGAAAUACUGGAACAAGAAUCACCCAGAAAAAGAAAGAAAAAGGUUAAUCCGGCUAUUGGGAAAGUUAAAGCUGUAGUACCACAUGCUACUAGGAGAACAAGCAGCUUUGCUUCAAAGAAAUCAGCAAAUUGUGAUUAA